AUGCCUUGGUACAAGGUCCCGACAGGAAACUCCGCACCAACGCCCAAGUCCAAACCUUCCGAGACGACAAGGCCCGCGAGCCACAAGCGCUUCGACGGGUGCAUCCAGACGUUGAAAGCUGGCAAUUACACGGACAGCGAAUUCUUCAAAUGUUUCCGCACGUCGGAGCAAAUCUUCGAGUACGUGGAUGAUUUGGCGAAACAGAACCCAACUUUGUUGACAAAAGAAGCGAUUUCGACCACCGUUGAAGCAGCAGCGGACUCAUACAACUUGUACUUUGUACCCAUCGUCAACAUUGACGGGUACGACAUCUCGUGGAACAGCAAGCGGUUGCAGCGCAAGAAUGCGAACGAAGUCGACUUGAACCGCAACUGGCCGGCGGCCUUCAAACACUCUGAAACCGAACCAAACUUACCCUGGCACGAUAAGACCCGCAAGCCCCAACUCGCGGUCACCAAAGACAUCGGCGACCUAUUUGACUAUCCGGAUCUGCCGGUUAAGCUACGCCAAGACCUUUACGUGUUAACCCGUCACCAACGCGUGGUUAUCAACAAGUUGCGUGCCCAGAUCCCAGAAGCGAAGAACUCCGACGCCCGCAACGCCAUCCAAGAGAUCACAGACUUACUGAUCCACCGAAACAACCAAACCGAAGAACUGAUUGAAGGAGUCCUCGACCGCAAGAUACAAGUGUACCACAAGGCCCGCAAGAUCAAGGCUGAAGCGAGAGUAGAUCGAAGUUCGAAGUAG